UGUUACUGGGCGCUCAAGCCUGACAGACAUGUUAUUUAAAGAUUACUACUUAAAGCACACCGAAGUGCUGUCUCCUCACACACAGUUUACUUCCAUUCUCUUCGGUUGUUCGAGAGAAUUCCCCGUGUCCCGCUGAAAUGUCACUGAACCCAAUUCAGUCUUUCAAACUGGAGCUGGACGGUGAGGGCGAUGCUGCCUUCACCGGAGGAGAGGUGUUGUCGGGCCAGGUGGUGUUGGAGCUCCGCAGGGACACCAAAGUGCACUCCAUGAAGGUGCAGGGACGAGGCGUAGCUACGGCACACUGGCUGGAGAACCGCGGCAUGAACUCUGUAUAUAACGACUACACCUCCAGGUUCACUUACUUCAGGAAGAGGCAGCAUCUGAUCCGAGAUAAUGGUGACGUGACCAUCCUUCCUGCAGGCAGACACGAAUUCCCGUUCAGUUUCCAGCUGCCAGAGGAGACUCUGGUCACCUCCUUUGAGGGCAAACAUGGCAGCAUUCGUUACUGGGUCAAAGUGAAGCUGCACAGGCCCUGGGCCACCGUCAGGAAGAUCAAGAAGGAGUUUACUGUCAUUGAGCCCAUUGACAUAAACACACCAGCGCUAUUGGCACCACAAGCUGGAACGAAGGAUAAGAUGGCACGGACGUGGUACCGGAACUUUGGACAAGUGUCUGUCACAGCGAAGCUUGACCGCAAAGGUUAUACGCCUGGUGAGGUCAUACCUGUUUUUGCAGAGUUUGACAAUUCUACUUCACGGUCAGUCGUGCCCAAAGCCCACAUCACUCAGACUCAAACGUUCAUCGCCCGCGGCACCAUAAAGCAGAAGUGCGCUGUGGUGGCCACACUGAGCGGUGACGCGGUGGGCGCCAGGUGCAGGGAAACGUGGCACGGUCGGGCUAUUAAGAUCCCCCCUGUGGGUCCGUCCAUCCUUCAGUGCCGCAUCAUCAAAGUGGAAUACAUGCUCCAGGUGUGUGUCGAUGUCCUGGGAACCUCCAAGCUGUUUCUUGAGCUGCCUUUGGUCAUAGGCACCAUUCCGCUCCAUCCGUUUGGAAGCAGGACUUCUAGCGUCAGCAGCCAGUAUAGUGUCAAUCUGGAGUGGCUGCGUAUGGCUAUCCCAGAGCAGCCGGAGCCUCCUCCAGAAUACAGCUCUGUGGUGGCAGAGGGGGAGGCCGAGCAGUGCAGCAGCAGCGCGGUGGCCCAACAGCCGGCCGAAGAUCUGAGUGGGAUCCUCGAGCGGCCCCUCAUGGCCUUUGUGCAGGAGUUCCGCUUCCGACCGCCACCUGUGUACAGUGAGGUUGACCCCAACCCUCAGCCUUCCAACAUGAGGCCUCGCUGCAUGACAUGCUGAAAUGCAAGACCCUGCCUGAGUGUCGAGCGACUUCCAUUAAUUCUAUGAAUCAGGAGAUUUAUCCGAUUCCUCCUCUUUGAAAAGUGGCACCUGGUCGUACCGGUGUCAUUGAGAGACUGCCGUGAGCGCCACAGUGAAAGUUGGCACCCGCCGCCGGGGGCUGAGAGACGGAGGAGCAACCCCCCACUUUGUUUCCAGUCUUCAUGUGGACUUUCUGUGGUUCUGCUAAGAUGGAAGCAGCAGCUCCACAUCAGUGAUUUAUUUAUGUUUUAAUCCUGAUGAUGUGAGCUACAAACACUUCCCAAUCAACAAUUCCCUCACUUGAAAUGAGAUUUAAGGAAUUGAGGACAUGUUGAGGUGGGGUGUAGUCACUUGUAUCGAGUGCGUUGGGUGUCAAGUGCCUUGUUGUAAAUUGACAUUUAUGAUCACAUCGUCAUCUUUGAAUGGUGUAAAGAGAAGUGCAAUUAUUGUUCAGUCUCUACGUCCCUUUUACCAGACUACACAGUGGAAGCCAAAAGGUGCCUGUGAUGAUUUCUACCGUUAACCCAGCACAUACUGUAAAUGAAUGUGUAUUGACGGUUGGAGCUAGAUGCGUGUUUUAUACAUGCAGUAAAAAAAUGUAAAAGGGAAAACUACAUAUGCCUUAAACAUCUGUUGUUAAAUAAGUUGUUGUUCGGAAAGAAAAUGGAACAAAGACAGUUUUAUUAUGCAACGUGGAUGUGUCAGAUAGAGGAUGCGAAGUUUUGUUUGCACAAAGCAGAAUCAAAAUGAGCUCUUAGUUUAUAAAAGUGCACGAGGCUUACUGAUAAGCUCCCCUAGCUGCUAAUAAAAAGGAGGUGACACAGACCUGAACCGUGUGGUUCGAAGUUGUUGAUUUGAGCCAGAUGCCUUGUUGGUCUUAGCCGCUUUGGGAAGCUCAACUAGAACACACUUAAGACAAGCUUUAAGCCGGAGAUGCCUCUGGAGUGAAUGGACAAAGAACAUUCCAAAAACUGACUCUGGGAUUAUUAUGACUUUUCCUCAAUUAAAAGACAACAACAACAGUAAUGAGUAGGAAAGAAGUCUUCAGGGUCAGCAGUGUCAUGCAUGGAAAUUUCAAUGAAUGUAUUUUUUUUAAUACAAGUUUGAAUUCCGAUCUUGCCAAAGUUUUUUUUUUUUUUUUUUUUUUUUUUUAAAUCAAAUAAACAA